AUGUCGACGGGCACCUCUUCAUGUUCAACAUCUAAUCUUUCAUCUUUAAGGAUCAUCGGUGAUGUAAUUGAUCGACCACGAGGGGCCGGAGACAGAAAUCCCAUAUCUCUUUACAGGCCAAGCAAGUCUUGGGCUCUCUUGAAAUCCAACAAGGUAGGCCUAGGCAAUUUAGAAAGGUGGUUCUUGCUUUGGCCUUAUGGGGUCACAAAUUUAGGAGUUGCAGUACUAAAGAAUUUUGAUGCCUACUCAAAAAACUACUGGUUCUGGAUUGGAGCUGGAGCCCUUUUUGGAUUCAUCAUCCUUUUCAAUGUUCUCUUCACUCUUGCUCUCAUGUAUCUAAAUCCUUUGGGUAAGCCACAAGCUGUUAUAUCUGAAGAAGCAGCGAAUGCGAUGGAAGGCAACCCAGAAGAAUCAAAUGAAGAGGCAAGGAUCAAAAGAAAAGGAUCAAAAGGUGGUUCUGUCCCACGUUCUUUAUCGGCUUCAGAUGGAAACAAUACAAGAGAAAUGGCAAUUCGGCGCAUGAGCAGUCAAGCUAAUGGGGGACUUAGUCGGAAUGCUGACUCGUCUCUCGAGUUGACCAUGGGUGUUGCGCCUAAGAGAGGAAUGGUUCUUCCAUUCACUCCUUUAGCUAUGUCAUUUGACGACAUAAAAUAUUACGUCGACAUGCCUGCAGUAAGUUUUAUUCUUUUUCAUCUGUGUUUUUAUUUUCUAAUAACAGCUAGAGGAAACUGGAGGAGAGGAGACUGGCGUUGGGCGACGGACGUUGAAGAAGAAGAGGAGAAUGGAGAGGAAGAACCGAAGAAGAUUGUCCGUCGGGCAGGCAGCAGAUCGUCGGGCAGCAGCGCUCGUCCCGUCGUCCGUCGUUCGGGUGCGGUUAGGAUCAAGGGAAGUAAUCAGAUCAAGGGAAGUGGCCACAACUUGUCAUCACCGUCCAAUCAAAAUCAAAUAACGACAAGGCCAGGGGCCGUUUGGAUUCAGGCCAAGUUGUCUUCUCCAAUAACCUUAGUACAGACAAUGGAGGGUGAUGGAUGUGGACAAUCGACCGUCUUCAACGUGUUAGAUUUCGGCGCAAAGGGUGAUGGAGAAACUGACGACACUGAGGCAUUCCAGCGUACAUGGAGGGCUGCUUGUAAGGAGAAAGAAUCAAGGGUGCUGGUACCGUCAGAUUACACGUUCAUGGUGGGCCCCAUCAGAUUCUUGGAUCAUCAAUUUCAACCGAACAUCAUAUUUCAGCUAGACGGUAUGAUCAUCGCUCCGGAGGGCGCUCGAGCAUGGGGUUCAGGAAAGUCUGAGUGGAUCAAAUUCAAGAAUUUGAGAGGGAUCAUGAUUCGAGGAAGAGUUACGAUCGACGGACACGGUCAGAUUUGGUGGGCCCAGUUGGAGUUCGACGAUUUGCAAAUUGAUGCUGAUCUCCACAGAAGAAUGCCACUUACCAGACCCACGGCUCUAAAGUUUCAUGGCUUUUCUAAUGUAACGGUCACUGGCAUAACGAUCCAAGACAGCCCAAAAUACCACCUCAAUUUUAAUAACUGUGCUGGCGUCAAUGUUUUCAAUUUGACAGUUUCGUCCCCUGGCAACAGCCUGAACACCGACGGAAUCCAUUUGCAGAAUACUCAAAAUGUGUUGAUCUACAACACCAAUUUGGCCUGUGGUGACGACUGUGUUUCUAUACAGACUGGUUGUACCAACGUGAAUAUACAUGAUGUGUACUGUGGGCCUGGCCAUGGGAUCAGCAUCGGAGGGCUGGGAAAGAACGGGACCAAAGCGUGUGUGUCGAACAUCACCGUCCAUGACAUCAUCUUGCACAACACAAUGACCGGUGUCAGAAUCAAGACGUGGCAGGGUGGAUCUGGCUCCGUGCAAGGCGUUCUAUUCUCCGGCAUUCAAGUCUUCAAAGUGAGACAUCCAAUCGUAAUCAACCAAUUCUACUGCAAUGGAGAAAAAUGCAUGAAUCAAACCGCUGCGGUCGCAUUAUCUAAUGUCAAUUUCAAGAAGAUCACUGGUACAUGCACCUCAAAACCAGUCCACUUUGCAUGUAGCGACGCAUCGCCAUGCACAAACAUCACUCUAACAGGUAUUGAACUACACCAUUUUCAAAAAGGCCACAAGAAGUCCAACCCGUUUUGUUGGCAAGCAUAUGGGGAAUUGCUCACACCAAGCAUCCCACCGAUCGAAUGCUUGCGGCCCGGCAAACCGUCGGGGAACUGGGUCCCAUCUAGUAGCUGUUUGUGUUGAGCAUAGUAUAUAGGAUGAUGUAGUAUGCUAGACUUAGGUGAACAGAUUUUUUUCCAUGUG